GUUACUGAAAGUGGAUUGGACCAGCCGUGCGAGGGGGGAGCAACGAAAAACUAGCUUGCUAUCAGUCACAGCAGCCUCAGCUUGUCCCCGCUGCCAGGCAUAGCUGCUGGACAGAAAUAUUGUUAGAUUAAAAUACUGCGUCGAGAACUUUCGAUUUUUUUUUGUAGCUUUUUGGUAAUACAAUUUAAUGUAAAGGGAAUACACUUGUCUGCUUUAAUAAACUGUGGAAGGAAACUGAUCAUCUGGAAGAGGACAAUUUUCAGGUCGCCGAGACGCACACCAUGCAGACAUGUUGAAAGAGCCUACUAUAGGAGAUGCAACAAUUUAUAGUGAAGCCUCAAGAGAAUUUUUUUUGUCAUCCUAUAAAAUGAUGCCAAAGCAGCUGACCCGCACCUCACCUGGGAGUGUGUGUUCCCUCCGUGGUAUCAGCAUCCCAGGAUCCCUAGCCGUGGCCAUCACAGCCAAAAUGGACAAUCAGGUCAUUGGCUAUAAGGACUUGGCAGCCAUCCCCAAAGACAAGGCGAUACUGGACAUCGAGAGGCCAGACUUAAUGAUCUACGAACCCCAUUUCAAUUACACGCCUCUGGAACUAUCGGAGGUGCCCCGAAGCAGAGAGAGGUCCAUGUCUCCGUGUUCAUUCUCCCACCCGGCUUCUCCUGAGACCAUUCUAUUCAAGGAUACCAAGGAGUGGCUGGAGAGCAGGGAGUCACCUGGAGGGUCAUCAUCAGGUUCAAACCUCCAGCUCAAAACCAGCUCUGCAUUAGACACCGCCACCAAGCUCCCCACACAGCACUUUCACAGGCCAGAUAAUGGAAUGAAUAUAUACAAGAAGCCACCAAUUUACAAACAAGAUGUAUUAGCAUCCAUCCCCCAGGGGAAACACAUAGAGGAUCUCAUCAUUGAGUCAUCUAAAUUCCCUGCCGCCCAGCCACCUGAUCCCAACAAACCCUCCAAGAUUGAGACAGAUUACUGGCCCUGCCCCCCCUCCCUGGCUGCAGUUGAGACUGAGUGCAGGAAGAAGGCUGAGUCCCGGAGGAGGGAGGAGGGAGAGAGGGAUGAGGAGGACGAUGAAUAUGACAAUGGAGACCUGUCCGAUGAUAUGUGGGGACUACGGGAACUGCAGAAGCAGGAGCUCAACAAAAUUCAGUCGAACUUGGGAAAGAUAAUCUUGAAAGAGGAGCUGGAUAAAGCUGUGCCCAUCCGCAGGAAAACUCGCUCACUGCCUGACCGGACAGCAAUGCACAUGGGGUCAUCCUCCAAUGCCUCCAAAAACAUACAUUUCCAAGCAACCAGUAGGAGUGGUCAGACCAGGCUCCAGUCUGCCGAGUUCACCCAAUCUGACAGUGACAAAGGAGGACCAGGUAAGGCCUGGUGGUUCAAUAUGAUUGGUUGACUUCCUAUACUGUAACAAUAUCAGAACCCAACCAGUCAUACAGAUGUCGGAUCUUAGUAUGACCCACCUAGUCACAGGAGGAAAAUAAUCCUGCAGAAGGAAAAUUUGAAUGAAAAUUUAGAAUCGCAGCCAGGGAGCAGUUGGAAGCGGUGUUUAUAGGCUAAACAAUAACGUAGACUACAAGACCACUGGGAGUAAGUAUUGUGGUGGAAUUAUUGUAAUCAAAAGGAGAGACUUUUAGAUUUCUUCAAAACAAUCAAACUUUAUUAUUUAAUUACUGCAGUAAUGGAGCUGGUCGGUAAUCACCCCUGGAGGUGAUUACUGAGAACUAAACGAGCUGGUUUGAGCCACAGCAUCCUCCUUCAGUCUACAUGACACACAACAUACGUAUGGAAUGGGUCACAAGGUUAAGAUUUGUAUGAAAGAUACUUAUAAUUCACAGCAGACAGUAUCUCCUAUAAAAACUCAUUGUUCUCAUUGUGUAGAGACCAGUGUCUGGCCCCCAAACUCCACUGGAGCCAUCUCUCCCUGGUACCGUAUAGAACAGAAACAUUAACUCAUGCUCUGGAAUGCGGUAUCCCCAAAGACAUCGUAAAUCUCCUGUCAGUGUUAUCUCCCAGAGGCUCACUUUCAGUUCACACAGACACAAUAGAGAUAGAGGAACCGUCUAUUAUGUUGCAUAAAACAACCAUUUGAUGCAAUAAAAGUAUUAUAACAAUAUUCUUGUAAUUUCCACUAUAGUAGCCUAUGUAGGCUAGGUGCAGGCUACAGCGUGUCUCGUGAAUUCUUAUGUGGAUUAUAAUAAAUUGACAUAUUUGUAGGGGUUAGAUGUAUUUUUGGUAAAGGGAAAUCAGAUUUUUUGGGGAUCAAUUGUUUUAUAUAUUCAUGGCAAUCAAUAGGCAGAAUAAAUUGUUGGUUGCCUCAGUGCCUGUGUGCAGUUACAGCCGCUGACCCUGGCACACAUAUGCCAGAGUCAGCAUGGGUUUGAAUCUGGCCCACUGCCCUUUACAUUUUUGGAGGAACUAGUACGUUUCUAGUUACUCACUGCAGGCUUUACUUGUACUCAAGUAAUUUAUGAAGGAAGUUACUUACUUUUAACUCAAUUACAUUUUUCCAAAUCACUUCAGUUACAUAGAUUUAUAUUAUUAUAUCGUCGCUGUCGGAUGAAAACCUUGUAACUCCAAAUUUGGUGAUUUUCAUAUUUUUACAUGAAUUGGUGUGAUUGGUUCCCCUUUAUGUCUGUAUGAACGUUUCACGACCCCUUGACAAAUGAAAUGUAUUGUAAUGAAACAGCAGGGAGCAGGUCUUGAACCCUCGACCUUCUAGCCCGAGGUCCGGCACGCUAUCGACUGUGCCGCAAAAGCAUGCUCGAGUCGAUUUCCGCGCUUAUAAACCCAGGGUCGUUACACUACUCCCUCCUUUCAAAGAGCGCGUCCUCGCCGCUAGCUUGCGACUCUACGUCUUACAGGAACGCGCUCACCGGCCAAGCACACGCACUGUCGUGGAUGCAAGGUCCGAUCACUUCUGACACCAAUGUAAUGAAACAGCAGGGAGCAGGUUUUGAACCCUCGACCUUCUAUCCCGAGGUCCGGCGCGCUAUCGACUGUGCCGCAAAAGCAUGCUCGUGCGGCAGAGUCGAUUUCCGCGCUUAUAAACCCAGGGUCGUUACACUAUGUAAUAUAGCUUUUCAUCAAAAUUCUUAAGUUCAUUGGCUCUCAAAGUUGUCCGUCAAAUCCUGUAUCUCCACCACAGCUCUUGAAGUGAAGCGCUGGUCUUCACUCUUAAGGAUAUUUUUGAUACUCCUGAGGAUAUUUUUGAUCGUAGGUUCAGAGGUAAGUUGCACUUUAAUUACCUUCUGCCUUCGUAAUAUUAUAUGUUUCUCAGAUAUAAUUCUGCUGUUGAAAUUGUGUUUUGAGGGUGAGUGCAAAUCAAAUGGCUGGGUACUGUAACUAACUAACUAGCUAGUUCGCUUUGGCUAACCCAGAAUCGGACUAAAUUUAAUCUCCUGUUUUUAGCUCCCCAUAUGAUCUCUGCUUGUUGGCUCACUAGCCACCUUGUCAUUGGCAUAAAGAGUGAACAUAUUAAUCAGAUGUGUGUGGAUAGCUAACUAGCUAUCACAUUAGGUUGCCACUAGAUAAUCUGUCUAAGCUAGCUGCAGUGUCAACCAUGCAGCUAGCUAACGUUAGCUAGAUCACCGGUCAGCCCAGCACAGCAUCCUCCCACUCCUUUGCUCUCUCUCUCGUGUGUGUCUAAAUGUCAUUCCGUUUUUAUGACAGGGUCUAUAAGCACAUCUGUGAGUGUAUCAUCUCAGUAAGCUUUUUGUGCCAUAUACUAGAAAUACAUUUGUGUGUUUUUUUAUAUACAGUUUGUAGCGGAACAACCGAGGGGGGGGGGGUUAAAUGGGCCAGCCAAUAAAAGAAAAGACCCUUCAAAGUGGAAAGGAGAGGUUAAGAUGAGAAGGAUGGAGGGUAAAUCCUACCUUGGCAGCAAAAAGAUGAUUGAGUUGACUAUGGCAAUUGAUUAUUUAUAGUAUUACUUACAUGAUUCUUACCUGAAUACCUACCUUGAUGUUUAAUUCCAUGCUAAAAUGUGUCUGAUUUGCAUACUAGUAACAUGAUUGAUAGUGACAUUGACAGUGGUGUAAAGUACUUAAGUAAAAAAUACUUUAAAGUACUACUUAAGCAGUUUUGGGGGUAUCUGUACUUUACUAUUUAUAUUUUUGAUUACUUUUACUUUUACUUCACUACAUUCCUAAACAAAAUGAUUGACUUUUUACUCCAUACAUUUUCCCUGAGGCCCAAAAGUACUUGUUACAUUUUGAAUGCUUAGCAGGAGAGGAACAUUUUCCAAUUCACACAAUUAUCAAGAGAACAUCCCUGGUCAACCCUACUUCCUCUGAUCUGGCAGACUCACUAAAUACUAAUGCUUUGUUUGUAAAUGAUGUCUGUGUUGGAGUGUGCCCCUGGCUAUUCGUAAAUUUAAAACAAGAAAACCGUGCUGUCUGGUUUUCUUAAUGUAAGGAAUGUGAAAUGAUUUAUACUUUUAUUACUACUUUUGAUAUUUAAGUGUAUUUUAAACCAAAUACUUUCAGACUUUUACUCAAGUAGUAUUUUACUGGUGAUUUUCACUUUUACUUGAGUCAUUUUCUAUCAAGGUAUCUUUACCUUUAAGCUAGUAAUACGAUAUUGAUUCUUGUUUGACUUUUGCAACACAUACCUGAUCCUCCUUUAUUUCCUUCUGAGUGAAAAAUGAAACAUCACACUUGGUGUAAAUCUUUUUAGUAGUCAAUCACCAUCACAUGUAUAUGGAAUUAUAUUGUGAAAUACAUUUUCAGUAAUGCUAUUGAAAUUAUAAAAUGAUUCCAAUGUCUCGUACCAUUGACCUUUUUAUGAAAUUGAGCACAUUGAUAGAAUUUAAUUCAACUUUGAAUAAGACCGUUAUUGAAACUACAGUCUACAGACUUUGAUGACAGUCUUAAUUGGAGACUACCUGUGAUGGAGGUGCUGGCAGGAUUAAAUAAUAAAUUUAUGUCAAAUCAAUUGCACAAAGUUGUAGUCCUUUUUAUUUGCUGUCACAGUUUACCAUACGGUGUAAAAAAAUGCAAACUAAAUUUGAACUCUUUGGCCUGAAUGCCAAGCGUCAUGUCUGGAGAGAACCUGGUACCAUCCCUACUGUGAAGCAUGGUGGUGGCAGCAUCAUGCUGUGGGGAUGUUAUUCAGCGUCAGGGACUGGGAGACUAGUCAGGAUCGAGGGAAAGAUGAACUGCGCAAAGUACAGAAAGAUCCUGGAUGAAAACCUGCUGCAGAGUGCUCAGGACCUCAGACAGGGGGCAAAGUUUCACCUUCCACCAGAACAAUGACCCUAAGCACACAGCCAAGACAACGCAGGAGUGCUUUGGGACAAGUCUCUUAAUGUCCUUGAGUGGCCCAGCCAGAGCCCAGACUUGAACCCGAUCGGACAUCUCUGGAGAGACCUGACAAUAGCUGUGCAGCGACGCUCCCCAUCCAACCUGACAGAGCUUGAGAGGAUCUGCAGAGAAGAAUGGGAGAUGCUCCCCAAAUAUAGGUGUGCCAAGCUUGUAGUGACAUAUCCAAGAAGACUCGAGGCUGUAAUCAGUGCCAAAGGUGCUUCACAAGCAUUUCGCUACACUCACAAUAACAUCUGCUAACCAUGUGUAUGUAACCAAUAAAAUUUGAUUUGAGUAAAGGGUCUGAAUACUUUUGUAAUAUUUCUGGGGUUUAUUUGUAAUAAAUGUACUAACAUUUCUAAAAACCUUUUGUGUGUAGUUUAUGAGGAAAAAAAUAUUUUAUCAAUUUUAGAAUAAGGCUUUAACGUAACGUAACGAAAUGUGGAAAAAGUGAAGGAGGUCUGAAUACUUUCAGAAUGCACUGUACAUUUGAAUGUUGCAGUAAUAGGACCUAGGCCUAGCGUUUGAGCGAGUGAGAGAGAAUAUUAUUUGAUAGCAGGCCUGAUCCCAAUGACUCGACUACCCCCGCAUGAAGAUAAAGAGAACUGAUCAUUUUUAUGCAAUCAUGAGGCUCAUUUGAAUGUCCUGAUGCAGCAGGACAAUUCUCCACAAGAAAGAGUGAUCAUGUUAUUAUCCGACAUCUGUAUGUAAGCAUUUAAAGCAUGAAACAGUGGACUGUAUGUCAAGCACAUUCUAACGCAGCAUUUCUGUUUCUCCACAGGCCUCCAGGUAAGAAUGUUUGUACCAAAGUCAUCUGAAAACAUUAUAUUAAUCUUGUGUCAAGCGCCAUUUGUCUACAUUUGGAUCAUAACAUU